GUGAGAACGGCAGCAGCAGCCAAAAAGUGAUUCACGCUCUCCAACGGCAACAGUAAUUUUAACGAAUAGAAAUUAUUUUCGCAUUUGCCGCCGCGCGUUAGAAAAUUAACAAAAUAUAUAUUUUAAUAGGUCGCCGCGAGUGAUUUUGGAAAGUGCAAAAAGAAAAAAAAACGGGCCGCUACGUUUGCGUCGGCUCAAAACUCAGAGUGCGCGUGUGUGUGAGCGUGUGCAUGUGUGUGUGAGAAAGGAGGAGGAGAAGCAACACACGAAAGAAAAAAGUGAAAAAAGUGUACAGACGACGCGCAGACGCAAUACAAAAAAAAUCUGCACUGGCAUAAUUAAAAGCAACGAAAAAGCGAGUGAAAAUUAAUUAACUACAGGCGCAAAUAUCGCCAAAAACAACAAAAAAACACAAGUUGGUCAACAAGCAGAACAGAAAACGACUUUAAAAUGGGUUGUGCCGUGAGUACAGCACGAGAUAAAGAAGCCAUCGAACGUUCGAAAAACAUCGACCGGGUGCUCAGAGCUGAAGGAGAACGCGCCGCAUCUGAGGUUAAAUUACUGCUGCUGGGUGCCGGCGAAUCCGGCAAAUCGACAAUAGUCAAACAGAUGAAGAUCAUACACGAGACGGGCUACUCGCAGGAGGAGUGCGAGGAAUAUCGCCGUGUCGUCUACAGCAACACCGUACAGAGCCUGAUGGUCAUCAUCCGUGCCAUGGGCAGGCUAAAGAUUGAGUUUGCGGAUCCGGGCAAAACAGAGAUCGCACGCCAGUUUUUCACACACGCCUCGGCGGCAGACGAGGACAUCCUGCUGCCGGAGAUUGUGCUGCUGAUGAAGAAACUCUGGUCGGAUGCCGGUGUGCAGCAAUCAUUUUCGCGCUCUCGCGAAUAUCAGCUAAACGACUCGGCCGGUUACUAUCUGAACUCACUGGAUCGCAUUGCGCAACCCAAUUAUAUACCCACACAGCAGGAUGUGCUUCGCACACGUGUCAAGACCACAGGCAUCAUUGAGACGCAUUUCAGCUGCAAACAGUUGCAUUUCAAACUUUUUGAUGUGGGCGGUCAGCGCUCGGAGCGUAAAAAGUGGAUUCACUGCUUUGAAGGCGUCACAGCCAUCAUUUUCUGUGUGGCGCUCUCAGGUUACGACUUGGUUUUGGCUGAAGAUGAGGAAAUGAAUCGUAUGAUUGAAUCACUCAAACUCUUCGAUUCCAUAUGCAAUUCGAAAUGGUUUGUGGAAACGUCCAUAAUACUCUUCUUGAACAAAAAGGAUUUGUUCGAGGAGAAAAUCAAGCGAUCUCCCCUAACGAUAUGCUUUCCGGAAUACACAGGUUCGAAUACGUUCGAGGAGGCCGCCAAUUAUAUACGCAUGAAAUUCGAAAAUCUCAACAAACGAAAAGACCAAAAAGAAAUCUAUACGCAUCUAACCUGCGCCACAGAUACAAACAAUGUGAAAUUUGUAUUCGAUGCGGUUACCGAUGUCAUCAUCAAGAACAAUCUGAAACAAAUUGGCCUCUUCUAAAUACGAUUAAGAGUGCGUCUUAGUAUUAAAAGGAAAAACACCCGCAAACAUUUCCAUUACAAUAUAAUUAAUUUACUAUAAAUACAUAUACACAUAUAUCUAUAUAUAUACGCAUAUAUCUAUAUAUAUAUAUAUUUGUAAUCUGUAUUUUAUGUAUAUACACAUGUAUAUGCUGGAAAAAAAGACGAAAUUUAAAAUGCUUUACAAGCUCUUGAGAUAAACCUACUUAUUAUAAACCGAUUUUGUUGCCAAUAGUCGAGGAACAAAUAACUAACUGCAAUUAAUUAAGUUAACAGUUAAAACUGCUUUGCUAUAAGUGAACUAAUUAAAAUACGUUUGUAUUUAUGCUAAUUUAACAAGUGUAAAGUAGACGCCAGGAGCUUGGUAAAGAUAGCUGUCCAGAUUUCUGAACGCCGUAAAAUACAUCCGAAAUUUGGCCAGCUAACUUUGCGCUUAUUUAAGCUUAAUAAUAAUAACAAUUGAUGUGACUAAAUUGCAUGGCGCAAAAUCAGUGGACUUUUAACCGAUUUUUAUCCUUUUUCCGCAAUGCAUUUUGGCCACGUUUUGAUUUUUGCUGUAAAACUGUCAGACGACGCCGCCACGUUGAAUUUGCCAAGAGAGUGAGCGCGGGCCUCAUUUUUGUAAGCCCUUUACAUUUAACUAGAAAUUUUACUAAUUUUUUAGUAAUAGCUUAAAUAAAGAUAAAAUACAACGACCUAAA